GAGCGGCAAGGAGUAGACCAUAUGGGUGGCCCAGUUCUGGAUCCUCGCAUGUAGUUAGGGUUUGAUCUCAGGCCGGGAUUGGAAAGGUGUUGGGUUUAAGCGGAGCUGGGAAGGGUUAGACGGAGAAGACGAGGGAUGCUGGGACAAUCUAGGCUGCCGAACAGUUGCUGAACGGGACUGGGUGAGCGGUGAGGAGCAUAACCGCAAAAAGUGGGCCGGCGCUGACAUGUUCUGCAGGAUGAGCCCAGGUUCCACCUCCCCGGCCAGGAGGCAGAAUAAGGAGAAGGAGAUCAAGGAGACCAAAAUCACAAUCAACUGCGUCACCUUCCCUGUGUCCGCGUCUGCGCUGGAGCAGCAGCUUCUCAAGCCCAAUGAAUGGAGCUACUGCGACUAUUUCUGGGCCGAUAAGAGGGACCCUCAGGGGGCCACGGUGUCAGGGUUCGAGGUGCUGCUGCAGAAACAGCUGAAGGGGAAGCAGAUGCAGAAAGAGAUGGCAGAGUUCAUCAGAGAAAGGAUAAAAAUCGAAGAGGAAUAUGCCAAGAACCUUUCCAAACUCUCCAUGUUCACGAUGGCAGCACAAGAGGAAGGGACUCUUGGAGAAGCUUGGGCCCAACUUAAGAAGAGUCUAGCUGAUGAAGCCGAGGUCCAUCUCAAGUUCUCCUCAAAGCUCCAGAGUGAAGUCGAGAAGCCUUUACUGACCUUCAAAGGAGACAACUUUAAAAAAGACAUGAAGAAAUACGACCACCACAUCGCUGACCUGAGGAAGCAGCUGGUCAGCCGUUACGCUGCUGUGGAGAAGGCACGGAAGGCUCUAGCAGACAGACAGAAGGAUCUCGAGGUGAAAACACAGCAGCUUGAGAUCAAAUUGAGCAACAAAACAGAGGAGGAUAUUAAAAAAGCCAGACGGAAAUCCACACAAGCAGGUGAUGAUCUGAUGCGUUGUGUGGACCUUUACAAUCAGGCUCAGUCAAAGUGGUUUGAGGAGAUGGUCACCACAAGUCUGGAGUUGGAGAGGUUGGAGGUGGAGCGGGUGGAGACGAUACAGCAGCUUCUGCGUCAGUACACCACACUGCGGCAUGAGACGGACAUGUUCAACCAAAGUACAUUGGAGCCGGUGGACCAGCUUCUGCAGAGUGUGGAUCCUGCCAAAGACCGAGAGCUCUGGGUAAAGGAACACAAGACUGGGGAUCUGAGACCUGUGGACAUGGACAUCUAGACAAAGCACACACACACAUAUAUUAUACUAUAUUGAUCUACCUGCAUGCCUGUCUACUGGAGUACUUCAACCUCUCAGCCAAAGCCAUACAGGUAUCACCCCUUGAAGCAUUGCUUGUUUUGUGGAUCUCCACUGAAAAUAUUAGUGCAUUGCAAAAUUAAGAUUUUUCUUAAUUCAUGUGGAACGAGUGGCGGGAAAGGACAGCAGCACAGCAGACGCAUUAUAAUACUGAGUAGCCAUCCAUAUAAUCCUGCAUGUCCUUUGAAUAAUAUGCUACUUAAGACUUCCCGGUAUAUCUGUUAUACAUUAUUAGUAUUCAAGUAGUCGAGGCACCAUUGAUACAGAUCUGAACAAACACUGUACGGUAAAGCACCUCUUUGUUUAUUUGCAACAGUGGACGCCUGUUAAACAAACUUCAUCCAGUCAAUUAUUAUUAUUUAUUUUUUCCUUUUUGGAUUGAAAUACAGUUAGUUUGCAUAUAUUUAAUAGUUGCUUGAACAUGUAAACGGAUAGAUUCAGAAUGCCAUAUAGGUGUUCAAAGACCUCAAAAAUGUAAAAAAAAAAAAUUCUUAGCAGAAAGCGUUAAAGCAUAUCAUUAUUCAAUAGUUAUAUUGUUAAAUCUGUAUUGUAUUAAAAAAAAAGUUUGGUUUUUGCAACAAGGAAUGCAGUGAAAAUUUUCACAAACUCCACAUAAACUGCUGGGGAAUCUACAGCCUUCCUUAUGAGAGAGGGGUGAGGUUGCAUUGGUUAAGUAUGGAAUUAAUAUUUUCAUAUUUUUGCAGAUUUGUUUGAAAGAAAAGCAUGUUUUAUCUAAAUGUAAGACUAGUUGAGUAUAGUUCAUGGAUGUGGAAGUUGAGUGGUGCUGGUAAGUCCAUUGAUUGUGUUCAUGGAAGAUGUGUCAACUAGCCAGGACUCAAUAGCAAAGUCAUAUAAUUUUUCCCAGUUAAAGCCAAGAAAUCCCCUUAUGCAACCAGAUUUACUCUGCUGGCAUCUAAAUUUCUUCUUAAUGGUGAAAUUAUAUGGUUCGGCUGUAGAAUCCAGGUGUCAAUCAAAGGUGGAUCAGAUGUGAAUUCUAAUGAUUUGUGUUACAACGUAUACCUUUUAGUGCCUAAAGGUAAAUUGCCUUGGAAUGUUCACAAUCUAUUGUGUUAAGUGUUUGUACAUAAUAGUAAAAAUGUGCGUGGCCUUUUUUUUUUUUUUUUGUCUGUAUUUGUUGUCAGGCUCAUCCAACAUCAUGCUCACCUCUCUGUAGUCUUUGUCAUACUAUGUUUUAAAAGAUAUGUAAACAUUUGACUUGAUGCAACAGUUUUCUGCUGAAUGCACACUGUCAUAGGCAGCUAAUCAUCACACUGUUCGAAUCGCACCGCUCUGAUAAUGGAAGAUUGAUGAAACAUUGCAAUUUUCUAACUUGAUGCAGUAAUAUUGAGAUAAUUUGAUAGAUUUAUAAAGCACAGGAAGUCAAAGCACACUUUGGGAAAUGAAAACAUCUGUGCUUUCAUUCAAAUUCCUAUCAGAUUUGUAUUUAUUUUUACUAUCGGUCAAUAUGGGAAGAAAAACAUGGAAUUGGUGCAAAAAUAAAUCUGCAAGUCGCAAAUAAACUCAUGCACAUCAGAAAUACAAGAUUUGGAUUAUAAGUGCUCAGCUGAGAACAUUGUAAAAUGCACGUCCAAAAAUGUGAAAGUAAAUCUAAAAAUUAAAGGUUAUGCAUUCGGGUUAUUGUUACUUUAUCAUUUGAAAGUUACCAACAGAAACUCUCUCUUCACCUAACAUGGGGUAUGACUGGUUUUUGCUCUUAAGCAUGUAACACGUUUUACUGUACUGCAUUGCCCAAGCUGUUCUAACACUACAUGUUGCAGAAGUUGUAUUGAAACUUGAUGUCAACGGUGUGCACUAUGUGUAUUCUGAAGAACCGUUCAGUUGAAUGUCUGUGUUCCAAACUAGAUCGUUUAUAUGUAUAAUAUUGUAAAUGUUGAUUUAUUUGCUCUCGACUUAAUAGUCUUCAUCGAUAAUAUUCAUUUGCCAACAUGUUUAUGAAGAUAUGAUGUUUAUGUUGAACUUGACCAGGAAAUGACUACAUUGUCUAUAAUAAUAUUAAUAAAAAAAGAACUCUAAUAGUU